AUGACGGGCAGUAGUAGAAGCCAAUUGAUAACUUUCAAAGUUACCUUUGAUAAGGUUGACGACAAUAGGAACCAUGCGUUGUCGGAUGCGAUAACCGUCUACUCCAGAAGAGAGACUGUUGCAAAACUAAGGUCAAAGGAUGCAUUAAUCGAGUUUUUAAAGACCGAGUUGCCCCAUAUUCAAGAAUUGGAAGCUUUCAAUGACUAUAUACAAUUCACUAGAAAAUCCAAGAAACACAAGGAUUUUGUUCCAUUGAAGAGCGAAGAUGACUUCAAGGCCCUUGCAAGGAGCUUGAAAGUCAAGAAUCAUGUAAAGUUAAAUGUACAAGUUGAGCCUAAGCGGAAGCUUUUUGAUACAGAAUCAAAGUACAACUUAGCACAAAGGACAGAAAAGGAUUUGAAGCAAAAAAUCACAGAGGAUAUUUCCAAGUUUGGAGACGCAUUGAUUGAAAUGGCAUGGGAGCACUUUAAGGAGCUUUUUGGCAACUCUCAUGAUUUAAGCACAGGGGUAAUGGACAAAAAACCCUUAUUGACUAAGGAUAAUGAGUGCAAAACAAGUCAGCAUAAUCUUGAUGCUGGUCAUGAUGUCGAAAAAAACGAUAAUCAGGUUAUCCAUUCAAAUAUUUGUUGCGAUCAAUGUUCACCAAUUGAAUUUAACCCAUUGAAAGGAAUUAGAUAUUCCUGUUUGGUCUGUGACAACUAUGAUUUGUGCUCAAAUUGUGAAGCCAAACAGCAAUCUGAGCAAUUGUCUUAUGGAAAUCACUCUUAUGAGCAUCCAAUGGUUAAAAUUCCUAGACCAACUCAGUUUUUCACGUCAAAUGCAUUUGGAUUGAAAGGGGCAAAACCUGACUGUAAUUAUUCUACAACUCAGGGAUACACUGCUACCGGUUUUGGUGCCAGUGCAGGUGCAAACACUGGGGCAGGCUGCUGGCACAAUAAUAGAUCCAUUAUUGAGGAUAUAGUUUACGACAUACCACUUUCUCAAUGUACCAAUGACACUAGAGAGACUUUGACCGAAUGGUUGAGUAUGAAGGGAAUAGACGGCUUUAUGAAAGAGGUUGAUCUUCAUUUGGGGAAAAGCCAACGCUAUGAUGAGAUUAUGAAUUUGCUCAAUGACACAGGAUUUGGGAAUGCGGAAUCAAGACAUGACUUUGUGGUUGAUUUAAUCAGGGGUAUCUUGAAAACUGAAAACAACAAUGAUGAUAAUCAUAAUGAAAAUCAUGGUAAUAUUGAUGGUUCUGAUGAUGUUGAUCUCAAAAAUAACAUCAAAGAUGAGGACAAUGAUGUUUUGUAUACUGAAAAGGAGCAAUUACUGGUUGAAAAUGGAAAUAAUACAGAUGCUUCAACGGAUGGUGAUGAGCGAGUUACAUAUGCAACGAAAGAAACUCAAACAAGACGAAGCACACUUGUUGCUAGGUUUUCAACUGUAGGAAUAAUGGGUGGCAAAGUUGUUUUGCAAUUGAUCAACAAAUCUGACCAAGUUGUUAAUGGUGGCAAUUUGAAGUUUGAGUUUGGGCAUGACAUGCAAAGAAAGCUCACUUUUGUCAAGAAUGCUAGUGACAUAAAACCAGGUCAGGUCAAGUUCUACAAGUUGGGCAAAAUUCCCGAAGAGUAUGGCAUUGAAAACUCAACAUUCAACAUCAUCACGCCCACCUUGAAAUUGGAAGGUAAGUUUCAAUGGCAGAAUGAUAUUGAGCUUAGUGUUGUUAGUAGAGACCAUGACGAUAACAAUAAUAUCGCGGAGGGCUUCAAUGUUGUUGAUAGAGACAGCCCACCAUUAGAAGAUGAGAACACUACUGGUUUUGUACACUUGGAAAGAAAGAGUAAUCUGUUGUUUCAACUAGUUGUUCUGAAUUUUUCAGGUUCUGCCAUUAGCGGCGAGGAUUUAUCGAUUUCAGUUUUCAAUGCAAAUAGUUUGUUGAUACUGAAAGUAGCCGUAUUUAACGAGCAUGGAAUUUCCAGCGGUAAAACGUCAAAAUUCAACUUGCCUUUGCAGAUCAGUGAGCUUGUUUAUCCAAUCACAGCGGUUUUGACAAAUAAGACUCAAGUUGCGAGCUGUACAAUUGAAGAAGAGACGACAGAGGGCAGAUUACUGAUUUUCAGUAAAGAGAUUGCUGCAGGAAAAACAUCAUCUGUUUUCUCUUCUAGAGAGGUUAAAGCUUUGGAUGCGCUGCUUAAUAUUGGAAGCACGCAAAAGAGUGUUUCUGGAACUACUGACUGGCAAUCUCAAACUGCGUCGUUUCAUUCGAUAGUGUUACCUUCUUUGCCUCGUGAAAGUAGCACCUCGACCGAGAGCAUUUCAAGUGGGGAUGCGCAAGUGGAACCGAUGGAUGAUAAAGAUGAAGAAUUUGGUGAAAACUACGACUUGUUGGACUCGGACAUAGAGUCACCAGACUCAGACUUUGAAGUACUCUCAAUGCAUAGUACAGAUUCUUAG